AUGGAGCUGUACAUCUCGCCUCUGCCUCACUUAUUUUCAGUAUUUAUAUUCCUUGCAUAUUUGAUGUAUUUUACUAAAAAAGUUUCUAAAGAACUAAGAUCUACUUCUUUUAUAUGUCAGGAGAAACACUUGAGAAGAAAAAAGAUAAUAUUAACUUUUAUGCUAUUUUUAACAUUAAUCUCUACACUCGCAUACAACACCUUUGCGGCAUUUAUUGGCUGCAGAAAAUCUAUACUGAUGUAUAGAUCUGCAAGUACAAAUGAAAUAUAUGAAAUUUUAAAAUAUCUAGAAAUAUUUAGUGAAACAAUCUUAAAAUCUUCGCUUUUCUUCUCGCUAAUAAUUUUACUACCUUUAGUGAAUUCAAGAACUCCGAACGAAAAAAUCAAAUUUCUAUAUUUUUAUUCUUUUGUAAGAAUACCUUUAUAUCUAUUAAUUUUAAAGCUUUUGAAGGAUUAUCAAUAUUUUAAAAUGUUUGUACUGGAAAUACUACAAAUAUCAGAUGCUUAUCUUCUUGUAACUUUAUUUAUGGAAAUAUGUAUUAAAAAAAAAGUAGUCGAAGACUUUAAUUUAAUUGAGACAUACGAGCAUGAAUACAUAUAUUUAAAAGUUAUAAAAAAAUGUAAGAUUAUAAUAGUGGAAAUAUUACUAGAAAUACUUUCAAGGUCAUUUUUAAUUUAUAUUAUGGUAUCACAAGUAAGUAAUACUAUCUUAUACAUGACAUUACUUUAUAUUAUAAAAGUUAUGUAUAUGCAAUUUAUGAUAAAAAGUAUGAUUUCUGUGAUAUUUUGUAAAGAACAAGAAAUGUUUAACAAUUUAAUAAAUUUUACAGAAGUGAAGGAAGAAUUAAAUAAAAGAAAAUUAUAA